GUGGCGGGUAAGGCCCUCGAGCCCCGGCGCCGCCUGUCAGAACCGCGGCGUCCCUCUUCUGUAAGCCGGAGCUACAGAUUCUGCUCUCCCUCUGUGGCGGGACAAGUGCUCCGGGCCCAGCCGCUAGUCUAGAUGACAUGCCGAUGGCUUCAGUGAUGGCAGUGGCUGAACCCAAAUGGGUCUCGGUCUGGGGCCGUUUCCUGUGGCUGACACUGCUGAGCAUGGCCCUGGGGUCGCUGCUGGCCCUGCUGCUGCCCCUGGGAGCUGUGGAAGAGCAGUGCCUGGCUGCGCUCAGAGGUUUCCACCUGCUCAGGAGCAAACUGGACAGGAGCCAGCAUGUGGUCACCAAGUGCACCAGUCCAUCCACAGAGCUCAGUGUCACCUCUGGGGAUGUGGGGCUGCUGACUGUCAAGACUAAGACGUCUCCAGCAGGGAAGCUGGAAGCCAAGGCUGCACUGAACCAAGCCCUGGAGAUGAAGCGUCAGGGCAAGAGAGAGAAAGCCCACAAGCUCUUCCUGCACGCCCUCAAGAUGGACCCUGGCUUCGUAGAUGCGCUCAAUGAGUUUGGCAUCUUCUCAGAAGAGGAAAAGGACAUCAUUCAGGCAGAUUACUUAUACACCAGGGCACUGACCAUUUCACCCUUCCACGAGAAAGCGCUGGUCAACCGGGAUCGGACGCUGCCGCUUGUGGAGGAGAUUGACCAGAGGUACUUUAGCAUCAUCGACAGCAAAGUGAAGAAGGUCAUGUCCAUACCCAAGGGGAGCUCAGCGCUGCGCAGGGUCAUGGAGGAGACCUACUACCACCACAUCUACCACACGGUGGCAAUCGAGGGCAACACCCUCACCCUCUCAGAGAUCAGGCACAUCCUGGAGACCCGCUACGCUGUGCCAGGAAAGAGCUUGGAGGAGCAGAACGAGGUGAUUGGCAUGCAUGCGGCCAUGAAGUACAUUAACACUACCCUGGUCUCCCGCAUUGGAUCUGUCACCAUCGAUGACAUGCUAGAGAUCCAUAGAAGGGUGCUGGGGUAUGUGGAUCCAGUGGAGGCGGGAAGGUUUCGGAGGACCCAGGUCCUGGUGGGACACCACAUUCCGCCCCAUCCCCGGGACGUGGAGAAGCAAAUGCAGGAGUUCACACAGUGGCUUAAUUCAGAGGACGCCAUGAAUCUGCACCCGGUUGAGUUCGCAGCCUUAGCCCAUUACAAACUUGUGUACAUCCACCCUUUCAUCGAUGGCAAUGGGAGAACCUCCCGCCUGCUGAUGAACCUGAUCCUGAUGCAGGCAGGGUACCCCCCUAUCACCAUAUGCAAGGAACAGAGGUCAGAGUACUACCACGUAUUAGAAGUUGCCAACGAGGGUGACGUGCGGCCCUUCAUCCGCUUCAUUGCCAAGUGUACGGAAGUCACAUUGGACACACUGCUCCUUGCCACCACUGAAUACUCCGUGGCACUGCCGGAAGCCCAGCCCAACCAUUCUGGGUUCAAGGACACACUCCCCGUGAGGCCCUAAACCGCUAGCUAGCCCUCCCCCUUGGCAACAAGGGAAGCCAGGAGAUGGCAUCCAAAGAACGGCUUUCUAGAAACAGCUCUCCCUAAUAGCAAAAGGAGAUAUUUAAACAUUCUUUACCUCCAGAUGUUUAGUUGAGAAAGAAAACUAAAUUAUCAAGCCUUGUCUUUAGGAUAAUUUAUACUUCAGCCCAGCUAUUUAUUUUCCCGAGCCACCUAGCAGUGCCAAGUGGUGCUGUGACCACUGCAUCAGUGGUGAUCCCAGUACCCUGCAGAGGCAGCCGUGCUCCCUCCUCUUAUGUCCUGAGCCUGGACAGAAUUUGCACUAAGGUGGGGGCAGAGGGGCCAGAUCUGUGGGACAAAGCCCAGGACCACAGGGGCCACUCAGAUGCCUUUGAGGUCCUAUGACUUCAGAGGGCUGCAGUCCUAAGCAAAACCUGCCCUGCUGUGAUGGACUUUCACUCCUGAGACAGGAAGCAGACGCUGCCAUCUCCAGAGGGAGACUGCAGAUUCCCAGAGACCCCCAGAGCCGCUAACUUGCUAGCCUGCCGGCAGGGAUGUUAUUUUCCUAUCUAGACCUCUCAGGAGAGCGGCCAGCGUGGCUUUUUCUUUCUUCUGAACUUCACUUGCAUCAACUCAGACCAGAUGUGUUAGACAAGCUUUUCAGCUGUACCAUCACCCCAUAAAGCAAGUCUGCUUUUACUUCCCACUCAGUCUCCUGCACAAAGACCCCCAGAUAAUGGCUCUGAGGGCCUGGAGGUGAGGCUCAGUGUAGCACCUACCUAGUAGCAUGUGCCAUGCCCCAGGCACCACCUCUUAACAAAAAAAAAAAA